ACUGCAGUUGAAAAAACGUGCACACUGCACAAACUAUAAUUUAUUCUACCUGUUGCAUUACCAUUUGCGCUUGCGCCCAAAUGUUAAAAUUAGCAUAUAAAUUAAGUAAGGAUCAGUUAAAAUUACGUUUUAGUUAAAGUGUGGUGCAAGUGGUACAUUUAAAUACAAAAUAUCAAGCCGCAAAAGUGUCGCAGUGUCAGCAACGAUCGCAGCCGAAUUUGAAUGCAUAAACAGAAAAUUCGGAACGAGCAUAAAAGGGAAAUCAAGAAAAUAAUCGCAAAUAUUAUUGAUGUUAUCAAUUAAAAUGAAAAUAGACAAUAAUAGUUACAAAAUGAAGUGAGUGCAGAAAGAUACGCAAUAUGGCCAGCAAUGGGGCUGGUGGUGGAUGUGGAGCUGCUGCAGGCGGCGUUGGUGGCGGAGCCAUCAAUCAUACUCAUGCCGUUUGCGUCUGGGAAUAUGAGUCGCGCGGUGGCAAAUGGCUACCCUAUUCGCCGGCUGUGUCGCAGCACUUGGAGCGUGCGCAUGCCAAGAAACUGACGCGUGUUAUGCUCAGCGAUGCCGAUCCCAGCCUGGAGCAAUACUAUGUGAAUGUGCGGACCAUGACCCAAGAGUCGGAUACCGAAUCAGAGGCUGGCGGUCUAUUAACAAUUGGCGUGCGGCGCAUGCUCUAUGCGCCCAGCAGCCCGGCGGGCAAGGGCACCAAGUGGGAGUGGUCCGGCGGGGGCAGCGCGGACAACAAUUGUGAUUGGCGGCCAUACAACAUGCAUGUGCAGUGCAUCAUUGAGGAUGCGUGGGCGCGCGGCGAGCAAACCUUGGAUCUGUGCAACACGAACAUCAGCCUGCCAUACACCAUCAACUUUUGCAACUUGACGCAAAUGCGGCAGCCGAGCGGCCCCUUGCGCAGCAUACGGCGCACACAGCAGGCGCCGUAUCCGCUGGUCAAGCUGACGCCACAGCAGGCGCUGCAGCUGAAGGCCAACAACAAUGGCCAUGACUAUGUACAGCAGCAGCAACAACAACAACAGCAGCAGCAACAACAGCAGCAGCAGCAGCAACAACAGCAGAGAAACAAUAAUACGCUGCCCAAAAUGGGCGCCAUGCUGCCGCCCAUGCACCGACAGCAGCAUCCACUGCCCACGCAUGGACAUCAUCAUCAUCAGCAGCAACACCAGCAUCAGCAUCAGCAACAUCAGCAUCAACAACAUCAACACCAACAACACCAGCAGCAUCAACACACACAGCAUCAGCAGCAGCAAUCACGCAAGCCGCACAAGAAACACAGCGAAAUAUCCACCACAAAUCUGCGCCAGAUCCUCAACAACCUGAACAUCUUUGGUAGCAGCACCAAGCACAGCAGCAGCAACAGCAACAGCAACAACAACGGCGGCAGCAAUCAUCUGGCGACAGCAGUCGGCAGCUGCAACUCGAAUGUAGCUGGCUCGACGCUGCAUUUGAUGCAGCAUCAGGCGCACUUCUCGCACAGCAGCAAGAGCAUGCUGACCUCCUCGAUGAAUAGCCAUCAUAGCCGAUGCUCCGAGGGCUCGCUGCAGUCGCAGCGCAGCAGCCGCCUGGGCUCACAUCGAUCGCGUUCGCGCACGCGUGUCUCAGACACCGAUACGAAUAGCGUCAAGUCGCAUCGGCGCAGGCCGAGUGUUGACACCGUCUCCACGUAUCUCAGCCACGAGAGCAAGGAGAGCCUGCGGAGCCGCAACUUUGCCAUAUCUGUGAACGAUCUGCUCGACUGUUCGCUGGGCAGCGAUGAGGUGUUUGUGCCGUCGCUGCCGCCUUCGUCGUUGGGAGAGCGGGCGCCGGUGCCGCCGCCGUUGCCCAUGCCACAUCAUCAUCAUCAGCAGCAGCAACAGCAGCAGCAGCAGCAGCAGCAGCAACAGCAACAACAACAGCAGCAACAGCAGCAGCAACAACAGCAACAGCAGCAAUCAAUCGCUGGUUCGAUUGUGGGCGUGGACCCAGCCAGCGAUAUGAUAUCGCGCUUUGUUAAGGUUGUCGAGCCGCCGCUGUGGCCAAACGCCCAGCCCUGCCCCAUGUGCAUGGAGGAGCUGGUGCAUUCGGCACAAAAUCCUGCCAUAUCGCUGAGUCGCUGCCAGCAUUUGAUGCAUCUGCAGUGCCUCAAUGGCAUGAUUAUCGCGCAGCAGAAUGAGCUUAAUAAGCAGAACCUGUUCAUCGAGUGCCCCGUGUGUGGCAUUGUCUACGGCGAAAAGGUGGGCAAUCAACCCAUUGGCAGCAUGUCCUGGAGCAUCAUAAGCAAAAGUUUGCCCGGCCACGAGGGCCAGAACACUAUACAGAUUGUCUACGACAUUGCUUCGGGCUUGCAGACCGCUGAGCAUCCGCAUCCGGGACGCGCUUUCUUUGCCGUUGGGUUUCCGCGCGUUUGCUAUCUGCCCGACUGUCCGCUGGGACGGAAGGUGUUGCGCUUUCUCAAGAUCGCGUUCGACCGUCGACUGCUGUUCUCGAUUGGACGUUCGGUGACCACGGGGCGUGAGGAUGUGGUCAUUUGGAAUAGUGUGGAUCACAAGACGCAGUUCAAUAUGUUUCCAGAUCCCACCUAUUUGCAGCGCACCAUGCAGCAGCUGGUGCAUCUGGGCGUUACGGAUUGAAUCUAACUGCCAGCAACUACUACAACAACAACUACAAACAGCAACAUUAACAACAACAACAACAACAAAAGUACUCUCGCUUCCAUGUCCUUUAAAAACUACAAAGCAAACAACAAUCUCAAUGUGUGUGCAAUUAUUUUUCGUUUUCGUUUUAAUUUUGAAUAUUGUGUAAUGUUUAAAAAAUUUUUGUUUUUUUGCGUUUGAGCUGCUCGAACCCUAAAAAACAGAAACAACAGCAAUUUCCUUUCUAUUUUUUAUUUGUAUUUUUUUUUUGUUUGUUCUCAUUUAAUAAGGCGAAACUGUUCUUCCAUUUAUAGAGAUUAAGUUAAUACGCAUACAAAUCCAUUGUAUCUGUAAGGCCAUACGCUAAUGAACUAUUUCACUAUUCCAAAACUGUAUUGCCACACUAGAAAUGUAUCCAAGACAGACCUAUUAGUAUUAGUUAGUAUUACAUAAUAUAUAUAUAUAUAGAUAUUGAGAUAUAUAUUUAUAUAUAGCAAUAAUUAAGCAUUUAAGUGUUAAGCUGUGCCAAAAUUCUCAAAUGUUAAAUGUGACUCCAAUGUUUAUUUUUUCAGCCCAACUUCGAAUUUAACACGUAUCUCAGUUCAAUUUUAGUAAACAGCCAUAGCAUAGAAGCACUUGAGAGUAUUAGAUGGCCUAACGUAUAAAUUAUAUAUAUAUAUAUAUAACUAUAUAAAUUGUAAUUGUGUAUCAUUCGAAAGAAGUAUUUGUCUACUUUCCUUGCAAAUCAUUCGCAUAGUUCGUAUUUGUAAUUAUAAUCUACUCAAUCAAUCAGUCUAUUAAUCAAUCAUUCAACACAUUCUAAAUGUAUUCAAGACAUUCGUUUGCUUAGCUUAGCUUUACCAUAAAAUAUAUACUUGAUUAAUUUGUAACUUUAACAAUAUUCACUCAAUUGAUAAUUCCAUUUGAUUGUAAUUGAAACACUUUGAUUGUGAUCCUUGUAAUUGUUUUUAAUAUCUAGCAUUAUACGAAGCUCUUUCGAAUGAUUAGUUUAGUUUUAUCGAAAACCAAAAUUUGAAUUUGUUCUAAAGUCAAUUCGAAUGUUGCUUGUGUUUAAUGUGAUUUUGAUUUGGAAUUUUAUGUGUUUUUGGCGCAAACAGAUUAUGAACUAUUAGUAACUAAUAUUUUAUAUACCCACACACACACACACUCGUACAUACACAUAUUCGCAGACAUCAUAUUAUAUAUAUAGUUUUUUUUUUUUCAAUUGUUGCUUUCAUAUUGAUAUCAUCUCGACGACAUUCUCGACCAUACGAAACGAUACAUAUAUACUAUAUAUAUAUAUAUAUAUAUAUAUAUAUAUACAGCUCUUUAUAUAUAUGUAUACACACAUAUAUAGAGACAGCUAUUGGGCAUGCCCGCUUUACAAUAUAACUAAGUUGUAUUUAGCACUGAUUAGUUGUUAGUUAAACACAUUGCGUAAAUCGCAUUCAGCUUAGCAUUUAACUAAUAGCUGUUAAUUAAACUAAACUAAACACACGAAUCGAUUAUAUACACAAAUUUAUUCCUUAUCGCAUACUUAGUUUAAAUACAAAAUAAAUAAAACAAAAAAAAAAUAUUUUUAAAAAAAUAUUGCAAUUUUGUAUCUAUGAAAAUGGACUUUGUUAAUUUUGUAUACAUACAUAUUUAUUAUUUAUAUAUACAUAUAUAUAACUUAUAAUGCUCUUAACAAUCUGAGGUAGCUUUUGCAAAUCGAGUUAGAGUUAGGAACAUUUUGUUAACAUCGGAUUACUAUAUACAGUGGCUCCAACGCCAAAUCGGACAAGACUAUUUAUUUAUUUCAAUAAGUAUUUUCUUUAGCAGUAAGUUAACUUUUUACCGUUUUCACAUUUUUUCUCAAAUCUAAUAUGUAUUAGCCCCCUAAAACAAAAAAAAAAUUUUUUAAUUUCAAAUGACAACAUUUUUUUUAUUUUAAAAAACUAACAACAAGUCCGAUUUUGAGCUUCAACGCCAAAUCGGACAAAAGAAAACU